UGCAUUGAUCUAUCCGACAAGUCAUAGAAGAACUCUCUCAGUCUCUCUCUCUCUCCCUCCCUCACAUACAACACGCACAAACAGCAAUAAAAACGCAGAAGUUUUGUCUUCCUCUGGAUAUGCAUAAAUAGGAGCCUGUACUCUGCUUACAAUCAGUUUACAAGUCAUAGUUGAUCCUUCCUCCUCUUUCUGUCCGAAAACACACACAACACACAGUCAAGAAAGAGUUUAUGGCGGAGGCAUCAGAAGCUAAUGGCAAUCAUGGGGUGGCUUUGGACGUUAAAGAUGAGGAUUUGAGUUACAAAGAUGGGAAGAAUUCAGCAUCCAAAACCGUUUCUGAUACUUCUGGCUUCCUUCUCACCGUCCCUUUUAUGCAAAAGUUGAUAGCAGAGAUAGCAGGCACAUAUUUCUUGAUAUUUGCCGGUUGCGGUGCGGUGGUGAUUAAUGCAGUCAGGAACAAUACAAUUACGGCUCCAGGGAUAUCAAUUGUGUGGGGGCUGGCGGUGAUGGUGGUUGUUUACGCAGUUGGCCACAUCUCCGGUGCACAUUUAAAUCCGGCUGUAACCAUUGCUUUUGCGACCUGCAAAAGGUUCCCGUGGAAACAGGUGCCAGCCUACAUCUCAGCACAAGUCCUCGGAUCAAUUCUGGCGAGUGGAACCCUAAGAUUGCUAUUCAAUGGGCACCAAGAUCACUUUUCGGGAACACUUCCAAAUGGAAGUGAUGUGCAAUCUCUUGUUUUGGAAUUCAUAAUCACAUUUUACCUAAUGUUCGUCAUUUCUGGAGUUGCCACGGAUAAUCGAGCUAUAGGAGAACUUGCUGGUCUCGCCGUUGGAGCUACCGUUUUACUAAAUGUGAUGUUUGCGGGGCCGAUUUCUGGUGCAUCAAUGAAUCCAGCAAGGAGUUUGGGUCCAGCAAUUGUUUCAAGCAAAUACAAAUCUUUGUGGGUAUACAUUCUGGGUCCAACUGCAGGGGCCAUAGGUGGAGCUUGGGUCUAUAAUAUCAUCCGGUUCACAGACAAGCCUUUGCGUGAAAUUACAAAGAGUGGAUCAUUCCUGAAAAACGCAGCCCGCGACAACUCUAACUGAAUAGGAAGCCUUUCUCAAUCAUCCUUCUUUUGUUUUUUUUUUGGGCUUCCCCCAGGCACUUGUGGGUUUGAGGGGAACUCAUGUAGAAGAACAAAAGUUGUAACAUUGUGUAGUGAAAUAAGAUUAUUUGCUUACAA